GUAUCAACACAUGUCCUGGGGCGCAAAUAUAUGCGCAUUGAAAGUUUGCCUUUUUUAUGGAUCGAGCUCAUGAACAGCCCCGAUUGAAUAGAAACUCGGUCUGUAGUCAGAAUGUCUUAUUUUGUAGCGCAGUGAAGGCUGAGGCUGGCCCCCAAAGAUUAUCCUAUACCACAACUCGCGCGAGAGAACGUCCCGCCCUACCAUCCGUGCUGGCCCCCAGCAUGAACAUGAAACCGAAACAAACAAUCCUGGAGCUUAACACGCGAGCUGCAAUUUGUCCUAUUGGUGCAGAUCACCAUUAG